AGCUCCUUAAACAGCAGCGUCGGCGCAUGCUUCACCGCCUCACCUUCAAGACCCAUCUCGGCGCCCAUCGUAUCACGUCCAACUUCGGUCACAGUAUCCACACCAGUCUCCGACUAGCAGCCCAACGAAAGAUGAGAUCAACGACAGUCGACCACAACAGCGGAUACACAGCACGUACGGAUGAAUGGCAAGUGAAGAGAAUUCAGGGACACAGCGAUUUCGAUGGCGCAAUUUACUACCACGUGGCUUGGAAACCAACCUGGGAACCAGAAGACCGACCCCAGCACAUGUUACCAGUUUUAGUCGAUUGGAACGAACUCCAUGGCUAUUCCAAUUCCAGAAGAUUACCGUUACGUCGAUACGACCCCACUUUGGAGCACUGGUCGGGGGAGGUCACCGGGCGAAAGGAGGUCGACAGCAUGACUUUCUACAAAAUCAAGUGGCAAGUGACUACGGAGCCGGCGGCCAAUCUAGAGAAUGCCCACAGCCUUGUGAAGAAGUACUGGGAUGAUCUGGAUAGUCUACAGCUUGGGAACAGAGGGGGCAUGAAGAUGACGGCGAGGAGAUGUGAUUGCGGGAAUGGGUUGCUGUCGCGAGAUCACGUAAAUCAACAUAAGAAUAUCUGCUGUGAUCAUUAGAGAUCGUUGGAAUAUGUUACGUGAGAUUCGUCUUCGUGACGAGACUUAGAUCACUCAGCGAAAUUGGUAGCGUUUCUUAAUGGACCUCACUAUGUGAUAUGAAAGAUGGAAUAAUAGCUUCACGCAGAUCGCUACAUCCAAGGUGCAACAAGGUUACAGCAACAAUCUAUUGCAGGCAGACUUUCCAAUCCAUUUGCCUUCAUCAACUUUGCCGGACUCGCUUCAAAACAGCAUCGUACUCUUCCAGGUGCCU